UCGUUUUGCUGCUCCUGUUACCACAAACCUCUGAUCGAGUUCCUUUGUACCUUUCAGUCCCUUCUAACCUCGUUGAACGAUCCAUAACAAUACCUAAGUAGUUAUCGCCAAUAACAGUCACUGUUCGCUUUGAUUCAAAAAAUUGCGAGUACCAACGGUUAUUUGGUGUAUUGUAAGACGCUAUUUUGAAGCACAUCAAUUCAUCAUUUCAAUACGAUUCGUUUGCUGCUUUCUGCUUGUUCGUCCAUCUGGAACGGUACAGUAACGGCUCACCUCGUACAAGAGUCACCUGCAAACCGUAUUGCUCCACUUUGCGAAGCCCUCCCUGUGAUAAUCAUUCGGACGUAUAAUUAAGGAAAUCAGCGAAAUUCGUUUUGCAAGAAUGGAAGUGAAGAUAUUUUUAUGCGUGUUCUUGCUACAAGUUGUUAUAUGCAGUGUUUGGUCACAGAGCACAGUGGAACUUACGACCGAAGUACAAACCACCAUUGUCCGAGAGGAUACUACUGCAGCUGCGGCAGGAAUAUCACCGAAGGUAAAACCCACAAAAAACUCAAAAGCAACGACUACCGAUAAUGAUAAGAAUGAAAGCGGUGAACAAGACGACAAGGAUGAUGAUGAUGACGACUCAUUGAGUGGUGGUCAGAUCGCAGGUAUUAUCAUCGGAGUUAUCAUAGGCCUUGUUUUAAUUGUCGUCAUCGUAUACAUAAUUAUUUCUAAGGUUUGCACAAAAGGUGAAUCUCAAGCGGCUACUACAAAGAAAAGUGAGGUUAGGUACAAAGAAGUCGAUAAGAGCGAUAAAGCAGCAGAAAAGGUUACAGAAGAAAAAGACGCUGAAGCAGGGGAAACCGAUGGCGAGGCAAAAGCUUAGAGUGUACAGGAAAUGACAUUGUCAAACGAAAACUGUUGAUAUGUAAUGUGUAAAGGCUGAGGGUCAGUGACCUAUAACCAUUUUAUUUUAGUUUUAUUAACAUUUAUGCCUACUAUUCCUCAAUACAUUGCUGUUUGCUAAAUCAAAUCAUUUGAUUAUUAAGAUAUUUUGUUAUUACCCAUGGUUACUAUUUGUGCUACAAAUAUUGUCAAUUUACUAUUUACAAUCCCUUUGUUCUUCGUAGUACAUUUAAUUACCUUAUACUUUAUGCAAAAAUGCCUACACACUAACCGACUACAUUAAGACGUCGUUAUUGGUUGAUCAAUUUACUUUACUUUUUUUUGCAUUAACGUAGAAUUUUGUAACGCGUUUCAGUCUUCAACAGUAAUUCGAUAUUUCUAAACCAAAAUUUACGUUUAUUCCCGGUACAACUUCGUUUAAUUUUGAUUAGUUGGAAUAUGAUCGUUCUGAAUAUGCCGAUGUGCAAUUAAUGUUAAAUAUAGUGUCUUUGCAACUGACAUAGUAUGCCCUCGUGUUUUAACAAUGAAUGGGACCAUCGUGCCUUCAUGAUUGGCAGAGUGUGUGAUUUAUAGCAAGAGUCUCAUCAUAGGCCUAUAGCGUGUGAAUUAUAUAAGGUACAUGUACAGUAAAAUAGGAGUAGUAAUACUGUAGACAAAUAAGCAGCAAGAUUGCAAGCGGUGGAAGCAGUUGUGCCUCGGCUAGAUAUUAAAUUACACAUUUUGUUUCAAAAUUAAUAGAAACAAUCUGUGAAUAGGCGUAUUGAUAAGUUGGCUUAUCUACAAAUUACACUUGAUCGUAUGUAACGAGCAUACGAAAAAAGAUUAAUCAUAAUCAUCAUAACAACGUGUCUUGCAAUGAUCAUCAUCCUUCGAUAAUGGAUGAUUUAACCAAAACAAAGAGCUUAGAGUAAACAAAAAAAUUCCAAUCAUCAACAUGAAUCAAUGUGCAUUAAAAUAGUUAAUAGAAUUUUAGAAUAAUUUGUAAUUUGCUUAGCCUUAUAUGUAAAUUUUGAUAUGCUUGCCAAUAUUUCUUAGCAUCUUCGUACAAGUUUAGUGUUAGGGCCAGGUUCGCCGAACGCUUACAGGUUAUUGUACUAAUAAUAAUGCGUAAGCGUCCUUGAUGUCGCUUAGUAACCGCUAUGUGAACGGUUACCGUGGUAAUAUACGUGUCUGUAGCUUUGCUUUCACAACUACUUUUGUUUAGGUAAUACAAAUUUGUUAAUUUUAUACUAAAAUUAUUAACUCACUUGUUAUUGAUGAUAAUUAAAAGAUACAGUGUAGCAAUUGCUAAA